AUGUUUCUAGGAGAUGAUAUAAAUCGGGCUAUGGAACGCGUAAUGUUUGCUUUAGGAGACCAGAUUCUCGGAGUUAUUCGUGCAAUACAGGAGCAAGAGCUGGCCGAAGAGCAGGUCCAGUGGCCCAUCCACCACCGGACAUCCGUCCACCGAGAGCAUGGCCUAGCUCAUCAACGUCUGUUCGAAGACUACUUCACCGAUGAACCACGGUGGGGGCCAACGGUUUUUUGCCGACGGUUUAGGAUGUGGCGAGAACUGUUUCUCUGCAUUGUUCAGGCGAUGGAGGCGCGCGACGAGUACUUCCAGCAGCUGCAAAAUGCGGCCAAUAGAAUCGUUCUAUCCCUGCUAACGAAGUGCACGGUUGUGCAUCGUCAGUUGGUCUACGGCACCACGACGGACAUGCUCGACGAGUAUCUUUACGUCGGGGAUACAACUGGCCGGGAGUGUGGUAAAAUUUUGUGA